CAGGUCGUUAAAAUGUUAAUCAUAAUCAUUUUGAUGUUUGGUUUAUGCUGGUUGCCUCUACAUACAUUCUUCCUCGUCAUAGAUUUUAAUCCCGAGUUGCUCAAUUACAAGACCACAGCUCAAGAAGAAAUGUUUACUGCUAUUUAUUAUUGUGUUCAUUGGUUAGCCAUGUCCAAUAGUUUUGCUAAUCCAAUUAUUUAUGGCUUUUUAAAUGAAAGUUUUCGGGUAAGUAUUCAUAUUCAAUUUUGA